AUGACGACGGCUAUCAAAGACCUCUACUCGCGCUUCUCCAACAUCUACACCUCCUUCUCCCCCACUUCCGUUCCCAAAAGCGAUGCUCCUCUCCGCAUGGGCAUCCUCGGCGCAGCCAACAUCGCACCUCCUGCUGUCAUCAUCCCAGCCAAAACGCACCCCGGCAUCAUCGUCUCCGGCAUCGCGGCGCGAUCUAAAAGCAAAGCUACAACUUUCGCUACGAAACACAACAUUCCUCACGUAUUCUCCACCUACGACGAGCUGAUCAACGACCCGGGGAUCGAUGUUGUAUACAACCCGCUUCCCAACGGACUGCACUACGAAUGGACGCUCAAGUGCAUCGCUGCCAAAAAGCACGUGUUGCUGGAGAAGCCUUCGACGUCGAAUGAAGCCGAGACGAAGCAUCUGAUGGAAGAAGCCAAGAAGGCCAAUGUGUUGGUGCUGGAAGCGUUCCACUAUCGAUUCCAUCCAGCGUUGCACGAGUUUGCGUAUCGGUUGCAUGAUAUCAUGUCGCCUCAGAAUCCGAUGACCGAGGUGGGAGCGUAUCUGCUGCUACCGGCGGGGAUUAUGGGGGAUGGAGAUAUCAGGUUCGAUCACAAGCUGGCAGGGGGUGCGUUGAUGGAUGCGGGGUGUUAUCCGACCAGUGCGAUCCUGUAUACCAUGAGGGCAGCUGCGGGGACGUGGCAGAGAGCCAACUGGCAGGAAGGCAUCGAGGUCCGCGAAGCACGUCCUACCUACUUCAAACCCAAGGAUUCCACAUCCAAGGCACACCUCAACGCACAAGGCGAUCCCGCCAUCGACGUCGAAAUGGAAGCCACCGUCCUCGUUCCCACAGCUAGACCUGCAAAGCUACCCUGCAAGAUCGAAACCUCCCUCGCCCACAAACUCUUCACACUCCCUCUGCUCAACUGGAAGAUCCCCAAUCCUAUGCGUUCCGCCCCUACGCUCAAAGCGACCUUCAAAGACGGAAGCACAGUCGAACUUCAAAACUUCGUAGGACCUUUCCUGUGGCACACCAUCAAGGUCACCUACCGCGGCAAAUCCGCCUCCGACGCCGGCCUAGCCGAAGGAACUUCACGAAACUACAAGGCGUAUGUCCCAGGUGACACGUCCGGUAGCGAACAGAUGCGUAGAGCUGCCAAGGACGGUCAUUGGCCCAAGGGGACCGGUGAGGUGUGGUGGUCGACAUACAGGUGGCAGUUGGAGGCGUUUGUGCUGGGAGUCAAGGCGGUCAAGGCGGGCACGAGGGCGGAUGAGGUGAGUCCCAUCAACAUGAUCAAUGAGGACAGGGAGAAGGGUACACCGAGGGUGCCCGUGUGGGUGCAGAACGAGGAAUCGGUGAUCAUCAUGCAGACGAUCGAUGCGAUCUAUGAAAAGUCCGGGCUGGCAAAGAGAAGCUCCCCGAAGAGCGGGUGA